GAAGGGGGUGGGGGGGAGGGAGACCGAGGCAGCCUGUGGGCCCGGGAUGCAGCAGCUCGCGCACCUCGGUGCCUAGAGUUGGCAGCCCCGGCCCCGGGAGUCCCACGACGCUAUAGGGCGGGGAACCAGGUUUGUGCCUGGUGCUUCCUCCCGGGGCUCCCCGGGCUGUGCGGAGUGUGAGAUAGGAGUGCCAAGUUGGGGAUCGCUCCUGUUCUUUCCUUUAAACAAAUUUUCCACUUGUCCUUGACUAGGGCCUCUACACCGUACCUGCAGGUGACUCUGCUGUUCUUGUCCACUAGUCUGAUUUUAGCCAGCAGCCCUGGGAGGGAAGACACCCGGUUCCCCACCCUCAUGCUGUUUCCCCCUCACGGCCCCCUCCCCCAUCUCCAACUCUGGCGUCUCCGAUCCCUACUCUCUCUUUAUCCUCCUGUCUCUAGAGCUGGGCCAGGGCAGUAAUUGGAUGCUUGGGGUUAAAUGGCAAACCGUGGGUGACCGCGCUUGCGGGGGAUUUUGCCAUCCGUACACUGGGACCUGGGGAGGAAGAACCAGCAGCUCUCACCCCCCUCCCCUCCACCACCAUUUUGGAUACUCCGCAGGGACGCGUUUUGGGGUUCCCACUGACUUCCAGGAAGGACGCGUGCCCCUCUCUGACCCCAGCUCGUGUGGCCACCUGUCUUUGCCGCGGUGACCCUUCUCCCAUGACCCUGCGGUGCCUCGAGCCCUCCGGGAAUGGCGCGGAAGGGACGCGGAGCCAGCUGGGGAACACGGGGUCGGCGGAGGAGCCGUCCCCGGAGUCGGCGCGUCUGGCGAAGGCCUUGCGGGAGCUCAGUCAAACAGGUUGGUACUGGGGAAGUAUGACUGUUAAUGAAGCCAAAGAGAAAUUAAAAGAGGCACCAGAAGGAACUUUCUUGAUUAGAGAUAGUUCGCAUUCAGACUACCUACUAACAAUAUCUGUUAAAACGUCAGCUGGACCAACUAAUCUGCGAAUUGAAUACCACGAUGGGAAAUUCAGAUUGGACUCUAUCAUAUGUGUCAAGUCCAAGCUUAAACAAUUUGACAGUGUGGUUCAUCUGAUCGACUACUACGUUCAGAUGUGCAAGGAUAAGCGGACGGGCCCAGAAGCCCCCCGGAACGGUACUGUUCACCUUUAUCUGACCAAACCUCUCUACACUUCAGCACCACCUCUGCAGCAUCUCUGUAGACUCACCAUUCACAAAUGUACUGGUGCCAUCUGGGGACUGCCUUUACCAACAAGACUAAAAGAUUACUUGGAAGAAUAUAAAUUCCAGGUAUAAGUGUUUCUCUUUUUCUAAACAUGCCUCACAUUAGAGUAUCUCCGAAUGCAGCUAUAUAAAAGAGAACCAAAACUUGAGUGACUGCUCUGGAUAACUACACGGAAUUCUAAGAACAGCUGAAGUCAAUCUAAUUUAAAUGUGUGAUGAGGUAGCUAGGUAUUUAAAGUUCCCCCAAAUAUUUUCACCUGAGUAAUGCUUCCCUUCCUAAGACUGACCAAGACUAGUUGAUCCUUUUAAGUUAAAAAUUAAAUGUCCCAAGUAAAGGCUGAAGUAACAUUUUAUCAGAAUGCCUGGCCUUUCUGAGGUUCCUUUCUUUUUGGUGGAAGGUCUAGUAGAGAACUCAUCGUCUGUAGGAGUACGUAGGAAUACUCAAGAAAGGAGAGGAAACUGACACAGGCUUAACUUCAAUUUUAUAUAUAUAUGCCUGGUGAUCAGUCUAUUUUAGGACAUUUUAUAUUUUGCAUUCUGAUGUAGCUAGGAGUUUUGUUGAACAGAUAUGCUUGUAUUUAUCCUUCAUUUUAUGCAAUUAACCAAAUCAACCAAAAAAGUGACCAUGAAAUCCUGUAUUUGUCUUUUUACUACAUGUAUGAACUCUCCCAUGUGAGUGAGUACUGUAGUAAUCCAUUUUAAGGGAGCCUUACUUCAGAAAUAUUUCAAACUGGUGCAAACGGAAAAGACUUUGUUUUUUCCUUUAAGGCUAAAGACAAGAAUGUCAUGCUCUACAGGUGCCACUUAAUCCCUGUUAAUAAAACCAUGUAGAUACAGACAUUUUACUUUUUGAAGUAGCUGUUGCCAACCUGGUGUCACAACCUGUUGCCAUGGAUUUUUUGGAAAUGGCUUUAGAAAUUUCCAACUUGUCCUUGAAUUGUCUAACCAUGGACAUCAGCAGUUGUCUCCCUUCUACCAUGUAGAAAACUUUGACUUAAUUUUCUUCCAUAUAUAGGGGGAUACCUGCCUGUUUUUCCAAGUGUUUAUUUACUGCUGUUACUAUUUGAUUAGAAUGUAUUAAAUAAAAAAAAACACCCUGACUUUUA